CCUCGCACCGGAUAUGGCGUUUUUACUGACCUUCCGCCCAAGUCAGUUUGUCAUGUAGCUGCAAGCUACAUUCUUCUAAAAGUAGUAGAAAAUGCACUUAUCUCCGCUGUAAAUGGUGUUGCCAACGAGCAGGUAUUUGCCAAAGUGUAAGUUACAUAUGAAGUCAUCAUUUUUCGGGAACAAUGGUGAAGUACUUUGCCUGCGUGGGUCUUCUGAAAAGUUCCUGGGACCAAGUCUGCAUUGCUUUCUGGGAGCGAUACCCCAACCCCUACAGUAACCAUGUCCUAACGGAGGACAUCAUCUUCAGGGAUGUAACUCCCGGGAACCGUCUGGUCUCUAGGCGACUGCUGACCAAAACUAACCGCGCCCCUCGCUGGAUGGAGAAGUACCUGCCGGUUACCAUGGCCAGGCACGCCUACAUCAUCGAGGAUUCCAUUGUGGACCCCCAGAACAGAACCAUGACAACGCUGACUUGGAACAUCAGCCACGCACGCAUGAUGUCUGUGGAGGAGCGUUGUGAGUACAGAAUUAACCCUGACAACACCAGCUGGACGGAGAUUAACAGAGAGGCCUGGAUCUCGUCUAACAUCUACGGGCUCUCCAGAGCUAUACAGGAAUUCGGCCUUGCCCGGUUCAAGACCAGUGUUACAAAGACCAUGAAAGGGUUUGAAUACGUCCUGGCCAAAAUGCAAGGUGAUACCCCCUCCAGGACCCUGACUGAGCAUGCUGCAGAGAGGGCCAGGGAGACGGCUCUGGUAGCUAAAGAGAAAGCCAAAGGCCUGGCCUCACAGGCUCACAAGAAACAACAGUAUGUCUGAGCUGCCAGUGUAGGGUGAAGCUUCCCCUAGAUGCUGAUGUUUAGGAUUGGCGCAGGCGAAGCUGAUCCAAGAAACUUAAACCCAGAAUGCGAGGUGCCAGUGGGAGGAAGUAGACAUUGGCCCUGUCAGUCCUGCCUUGAUUCAAAGACUUUAUCUGGGAUGGAUUGAGCCUGCCUGGCUGGCACUAUUUGAACCCAGGUCUGGUUGUCCCUAACCAGGUUGUCCCUACUCAGAUCUGGGAUCAGAUCUUAUUGAGGUAGGGGAAUCUGAUCCUAGAUCUGUGGUUAUGGAUGCAAAAUCCGUUAACUAAAAUUACCAGGUUUUCCAGAAAUUGAAAGAUUACCGUAAGAAGGAAAUCCGGAAUCCUCCAACCAGGAUUUCUGGAAAACCUGGUCGUUUUGUGAAUGUUUCUGUAAUUGUAUGACUCUAGGUGUGACAGUGAUCUAGGGAAUAACCAUUACAGUUAAAGACAAUUUUAUGCAGAAUCUGAUCAAAUGGUGGAGACCAUAUGGAGGGUGCGACGAGGCUCCAGAGGCGUGCAGAGGCCGAAUCAAUCAAGCUCCAUAACCGCAUCGCUGUGCACCUCUCAAAUGUUGUAACAAUGUGGAGGGCUCCGUAUAGCUCCGCAUUGACAUGAUUGGUUGACGGUAGGUGAGGGCGGGAGGUCCUGUAUAAACACAAACUCACUCCCUCGACAACUUCCUUCACAACAGCUCCGGGAAGCUCCAAAAAGUAUGUUUGCUCUGACUUCUGCAGAGGCUGCAUGCAUUACAGUAACGCUCUGUACUGCCGCUACACAGUAACGCGCUGUACUGCCUGUGCUGCCGCGACACAGUAACGCGCUGCACUGCCGCGACACAGUAACACGCUGUACUGCCUGUGCUGCCGCGACACAGUAACACGCUGUACUGCCUGUGCUGCCGCGACACAGUAACACGCUGUACUUACUGUGCUGCCGCGACACAGUAACGCGCUGUACUGCCGCGACACAGUAACGCGCUGUACUGCCGCGACACAGUAACGCGCUGUACUGCCGCGACACAGUAACGCGCUGUACUGCCGCGACACAGUAACGCGCUGUACUGCCGCGACACAGUAACGCUCUGUACUGCCGCUACAGACAUCAGAUUGACCAUGCCUUUUUUAGACUCGUGUCUUCUAACACAAGUGUCUGGGCUGAGUCUCAAUAGUCCUCACUAGCUUCCUUUCCUUGUCUCCUUUCCUUCAGUAUAGUACUCUUAACAGGGAGGUGAACGCGCCGGGCUAGUUUCCAUUCUACUCCCUCCAACCUGUCGUGGUCUUAUCAGUUGGUGUGUAGAUGCUUAUCUCAAUGAGACAAACCUGCAGAAAUGAAGGUUACGUUAUCAGUAGCAGAAAGAGAUGAGAAAUAGAAGUGGUUACUGUACCUGCAGAGAAUGUAAACUGAGUAACUGGGUUGAUCUUGUUGGAGGCAUGUGGCAGCAUUGGGGACAGGACAACACCAGUCCCACCCAGCAGGUGAUCUACUGGGCACGGCUGACGUUGGUGUUGGUCUUUUAUUGGUGGCUAGCUAGUACAAGAGACUGGUUCAUGUCUCCAGAAAUGACUGUGUGACUCAAGUUGUUUUUCGUGACCUACUGAAUACUGUCAUAGCCGUAGGGGACGACGAGGGAGUUCCGCGCUGAUAGUGGGUCAGUUUUUAGCAUUUUCCCAAUAAUGGCUAAGGUUGGGAUUGGUUAGAGGGGAAGCUGAUCCUAGAUCUGUAGGCCUACCCACCAUUUCCCUCCAACUCAGUGGAUGAGUCCCAAAUGCUACCCUAUUCCCUAUAUAGUGUACUACUUUAGACCAGAACCCUAUUCCCUAUAUAGUGUACUACUUUAGACCAGAGCCCUAUAGAACCCUAUUCUCUAUAUAGUGCACUACUUUAGACCAGA